AUUUAUUGUGGGUGACCCCACCACAUAGAAGACGAAAUCGUUGAGUGAGGUUUACCCGCUUGUUUUUACGCCGAUUUUAGUAACAGUUUUAUCGGUGCCUCGACACAGUAGUCGGGCCGAAUGUUUUUGUUGAUUUGUCUUCAACUGCGAACAGUUUACAGUGAACUAAAACUACUGUGUUACGUGGGGAAUUUACAGGGUGGUCAUUCGCCCGCGCCCAUGUCAGUGGAUUACUUCGACCAGUGACGUUGGUGUAGAACGGCGGGCAGGUGAUAUACCUAUUUGCAACGGAACACACAUAGUAGCGAAGACUGGGAGAUGGCUGCCAAGCAGACCAACGAGUUUGAGAUCAACCGGAUCAAAGCGCUGCGAGAGGAGCGUAUGUCAAUACAGAAGAAGACAUUUACAAAAUGGAUGAACCAAUUCCUUGAAAAGGCAAACCUGCACGUCAGUAACCUGUAUACUGAUUUAGAAGAUGGAAAAUUAUUAAUGAAACUAUUAGAAAUAAUCUCCGGAGAACCUUUAGGCAGACCAAACAGAGGAAUACUAAGAGUACAGAAGAUAGAAAACUUGAAUAGAUGCUUGACAUUUCUUGCAACAAAGGUGCGACUUGAGAGCAUUGGUGCUGAAGAUAUCUGUGACGGCAAUCCUAUACUUAUACUUGGUCUUAUAUGGACCAUUAUCUUAAGAUUUCAAAUUCAAGAAGUUGAACUUGAAGAUGAUGAUGAUGCGAGUAGACAAGCUAGGUCGGCGAAAGAUUCUUUGCUUAUUUGGUGUCAAAGAAAGACAGCCGGGUAUCCUGGUGUUAACGUCACCAAUUUCACAACUAGUUGGAGAGAUGGGCUCGCAUUCAAUGCACUUAUACACGCACACAGGCCUGAACUGAUUCGAUUUCAGAAAUUAGAUCCUCGUGAUCAGUUAGGUAAUUUAAACAAUGCCUUUGAUGUUGCCCAUGCCCAACUGGGCAUAGCUAAACUGCUAGAUGCUGAAGAUAUCGCUGUUCAGAGACCAGAUGAGAAAUCUAUCAUGACGUACGUGGUUUCUUACUACCACUACUUUGCAAAGAUGAAAAAAGAACAGAAAGGAGGAAAGAGAAUUGGAAAGAUCGUCAAUGGAUUGAUGGACAUUGAAAACAGUGAAGAAGAUUAUGAAAGACUGACAUCCGAUCUACUCAAAUGGAUUAAAAUUAAAAUUGAAGAACUUGAUGAUAGAAAUUUCCCAAACUCACUAGAUGGUAUUCAGGGAGAAAUGAUGAAAUUCAAAGACUACAGAACAGUGGAGAAGCCCCCUAAGUAUCAAGAGAAGGGUGAACUCGAGGCCUUAUUCUUUCAAAUUCAAACCAAACUCCGCGCAAGGAACUUUCAGAGAGGAUACAUCCCUCCAGAAGGCAAACUGAUAAAUGAUAUUGAGAAGACAUGGCAGUCAUUGGAUCAAUCAGAAAACGAGAGAGAACGUGCUCUCAGAGAAGAGCUGAUGAAACAGGAGCGGUUGGAACAACUGGCUGAGAAAUUUGAAAGGAAGGCAAUGCUUAGGAAUUCCUGGCUGACUGACAUGUGUCAAGUAUUGGAAGAUUCCUCCAAGGAUUUAGAUGCAGAGUCUGUGAAUGCUGCCACUAAAAAACAUGAAGCAAUUAUUGCAGAUGUGCUUGCUAGAACUGACAGAUUUGAAAAUCUCUCCAAAAUGGCAGAUGAGCUGGUACGUGAGAGUUACCAUGGCAAAGACGAGAUUAAAGUGCGAGAGCAGCAAAUCAUCGCUAAAUGGCAAAACUUAUUGGCCGAUUUGGACAAAAGAAAAAGACAAUUAAAAGGAAUUUCUGAAUUAAUUGGUAUGUACAGAGAAAUCGACAAUAUACGUGCCGAGAUGAAAGAAGUUGAGGGUGGAUUGAAAUCAGAAGAUUACGGCAAACAUUUGUUUGGUGUAGAGGAUCUUCUGCAGCGACAUAGUCUCGUCGAGACACUGAUAAACUCAAUUGGAAAUCGUCUAGAGAAAGUCAACAAUACCGCAGAUAAAGUCUUAGCUGACGACCAUAUUGAGAGUGACUCCAUUAAAGCCAAGUUGGACGAUAUCAACCUUGAGUAUAAAAAAAUGUUUUGUGAGGUCUAUGGAUUAGAUGAUUAUGACCCUGCACAAUUAUCGGAUCUCAGCGCCGCUCGGAAGGCCCGGCUCGAAGAAUCCAUGAAAUUCUAUCAGUUCUUGCGUGAUAGUGAGGAAGAGGAAUCGUGGUUAAUGGAAAAACAAAGAAUUGCAAAGUCCAUGGUAACUGGUAAAGAUCUUCGUAGUGUCGUCUCUAUGUUGCAGAAACACCAGGCUUUAGAAGCAGAAAUGAUUUCAAGAGAGAGGAUUUGCAAUGCCGUGUUUGCCACUGGGAUUGAGUUAAGAGAUUCUGACCACUAUGCAAAAAAUGACAUUCAGCUACGUAUCGACAGUCUUAAAGAAAAAUGGAGUAAACUUAAGGAAUAUAGUGAAAAAAGAAGAUACAGACUUGAAGACGCACUUCAAGCUCAUCAGUAUUAUACCGAUGCCAACGAGGCUGAAUCUUGGAUGAGGGAAAAGAUGCCUCUUGUUUGCAGUGAUGAUUAUGGAAACAACAUAGAGGGCGCUAAGCUUAUCUUAUCUAAACAUGAGAGGCUGGAGGAAGAGAUUCGUGCCUAUGAAGGGGAUAUCAAACGACUGAAAGAGCAAGCACAGCAAAUGAUGAUCACAGACAUCAACAAUACGCCGAUGUCGCCGACCAAAGACGAAGAUGAUUAUGUCACAGAGCUGGUUGAUGUUCCUUAUGAAGUGGAAGAAUUAACGGUAGUUAAUAGAGAAGUUCUCAAAGAUUUUGUUGAAGAGAAGAAAUAUCCCCAGGUGAAGGCCAUGUACCCGUAUAAAGGCCAGGGUAUGGAUAUAGCUAAAGGAGAGAUUAUGUUACUGGUGGCCAAGACAAACAGAGACUGGUGGAACGUGAAAAGAGCUACUGGGCAAGAAGGUUUUGUGCCAGCCAAUUACGUUAAAGAAAUGGAACCCAGAGUUAUAAAAAGAAAGGUCCAAAGAAAGGUGACAAUUCCAGAAAAGGUGAAAGUAAAGAAAACAAAAACCAAACAGAUGCUGGUGAAAAAAAAGAAGCCUGGCGCUGGACUUGGAAGAACUCAGAGUUUCCGCAGAGAGAAAGCCGCUCAUUUUGAUAAGGAAAAUGUGGAGCUGAGGCAGAAGAGCAUUAACACUACAUAUCAGAGAUUAUGUAAAUUAGGUCAGGCCAGACAUCGUUACAUCGAGGACGCCAUCACAUUGUAUUCUUUCAAUCGAGAGUGUGACGACUUUGAAGAUUGGAUGAAGGAGAAGGAAAAAGCAUUGAGAAAGGAUGAAUCUUUCACUGAGAACAUGGAGACAAUGAAGAGAAAGUUUGAAUACUUGCUGACUGACAUUGCUGCCAACGCCCCUCGUAUGGAUAAGAUCAAUAAGAUGGCCAAUGAGUUUGUAGAGACUGGACACAGUCAACAACAAGCUGUGAGAGAUCGACAGAAGGUUGUACAGGAAAGGUGGGAUAAAUUAAACCAGCUCCGAGAGGAUAAAGAGCGACUGAUGGAAGGUGUUUCUGGUAUUGAGCUUUACAAUCAAACUUGGGAUGAGACAAAAGACUGGAUUAUGGAGAAGUCUGAUGCCCUGUGUACAAAUGACGAUAUAACGCUUGUCAAAGACCAGAGUGCUGUGGAUGCACUCAUGAGGAAGCAUCGGAACCUGGAGAGAGAACUGGCACCUGUAGAACAUAAACUAAAUAAACUAGGAAUGCUGGCUAAGGCUGUGCGUACAUCAUAUCCCCGUGAAACUGAAGUGAUUUCUAAGAAGCAGACAGAAAUCAAUGCAUUGUGGGAUGCUUUACAAGACAAAGUAGCCACUAGAAAGGCCAAACUAGACGCAGCCUACGAUAUUAGUAAAUUCCAUGCUGAUGCUAAAGACCUUCAAUCAUGGUGUAACGAUACAAUGCUAGAAUUAGCUAAUACAGAGUUAGCAAGAGAUGUGCUGGGAACUGAGGGACUUAUCCAACAACAUCAAGAUUUACGAGCUGAUAUCAAUGCACAUAAUGACAAUUUUAAAGAUUUGAUGGACUUGGGUCAUCGUGUUUUACAAGUGUCACCCGAGUCUGCCACUGUCAGGCAUAAGAUGAACAAACUCAUAGACGACAAACGAGAAAUAGAAGCUGCUUGGAAUCGUAGGAACCAGAAGUUACACGACUGUCUGGAUCUUGCGCAAUUCAACCGAGAGGCUGACCACAUAGAUGCCAUUACAAGCGGUCACGAAGCAUUCCUCGAGUACAAUGAUCUUGGGGAUACUGUGGAAGGUGUGGAGGGACUCCUUAAAAGACAUGAAGAUUUUGAAAACACAUUAGCUGUACAAGAUGAAAGACUCAAUUCUUUGAGUGAUAUGUCUAAAAAGCUGAUCUUAGCAAAUCACUAUGCAACUCCACACAUUCAGAAUAGAACUGAAGAAGUCUUAAAUCGAAGACAGAAAGUGAAAGACAAAAGUAAACAUAGACAUGAUAUGUUGAAACAGUCGGAGGGAUAUCAAGAAUUCUGUAGAGAUGCAGACGAGUUGGCAGAAUGGGUAGACGAAAAGCAGCAGUUUGCCAUGGAUGACUCUUUCAAAGAUCUUUCAAACUUGCAAAGUCAGCUGAAGAAACACCAAGCAUUCGAAAUUGAUCUCGUAGCUAAUAAAGAUAGAAUGGAGAAGCUUAACCAGGAAGGUCAUCAACUGAUUGAUGAUGGCAACUAUGCCUCUGAUGAUGUCCAGGCACGUUUGGACGAUUUGAACAAAAACUGGGCUGCCCUCUAUGGCCAUUCAUCUGAUAAGACAGAGAAGCUGACACAAGCUACUCAGCAAGACCUGCUGAAUAAAUUAUUAGAAGACACAGGACUGAGUCUCGCUCAGCUUGAAGCGUUGUUAGCCUCAGAAGACGUGGGCCAUGAUCUGAGAAGCGUGAAAAAUUUACUCAAGAAACACCAGUUACUUGAAGGAGACAUGGCCAUUGAGAAAGAAAAGAUAGAUAAUUUGAAUUCACAGGCACAUACCUUAGCUGAUGAAGGACACUUUGACGCUGACCGCAUUCUUGCCAAUGCCGCGGAUCUCUCUGCCAGGUAUGACAAUUUGAAAGAUCCGGCCGCUAAACGUAAGGCACAGUUAGAAGAUUCGUUGAAAUUACAACAAUUCUACCAUGAUAUUGAUGCUGAAAACCAGUGGGUAAAAGAACACAUACCAUAUGCCUCGUCUACUGACUAUGGGAAGACUUUACAUGCAGCCCAACAACUGAACAAAAAACAUCAGAAAUUAGAGAUGGAAUUAACAGGUCAUCAACCAAACAUUGAUAAAGUUUUAGCUUGUGGCCAGUCGUUAGUUGACGCUGAUCAUUUUGCAAAAGAAGACAUACAGCAACAGUGUAAUGACCUAUCAGACGCAUGGGAUAGCCUCUUUGAUCUAGCCAAUGAACGCAAACAGAAUUUAGAUCAAUCGUUGCAGGCACAAAAAUACUUUUCUCAAGCCAAUGAGGUUGAAGCGUGGAUAGCGGAGAAAGCCAACCUUGCCAAAAAUGCAGAUUAUGGUAAAGAUGAAGAUGCUGCAGAGAAAGCCCUUACAAAGCAUAAGGCGUUAGAACAUGACAUUGAUAACUAUUAUAAAAUAGUUAGUGAUUUGAACGCAGAGGCACAAAAAAUGAUAGAAGAAGGAAAUCCUGAUUCCAAAGACAUUGCAAAAAGACAGGAAAUUCUGCAAAGCCAGCUCGGUGAUUUAUCCAAGGCUGCAGCCGCCAGAAGAGAUAAGCUGGAUGACUCGAAAAGAUUUCAUGAAUAUAUGAGAGAGAGUGAUGAUCUCGCUAAAUGGAUUGCCGAUCAACAACAGUUAGCAUCAUCAGAGGAUUACGGACAAGAUUAUGAACAUUUACAGAUGCUAGAACAAAAGUUUGAUGAUUUCAAAAGGAGAGUUGAUGCCGGAUCGGAGAGGUAUGCGCAGUGUGAGGAGUUGGCGCGACAACUACUGGAAGAUAAGCAUCCAGAAUCACAAGCUAUUGCUGACAAACAAGAAGCUUUAAAGGCUGAUUAUCAGAACCUGCUUGCACAGAUUGGAGACCGAGAUGAGGGUCUACGUGGUGCUGGUGAAAUUCAUCGCUUUAACAGAGAUGUUGCCGAUGCACUCUCUCGAAUUCAGGAAAAAGAAGCAGCUCUACCUGAGGAUCUUGGUAGAGAUUUGAAUACAGUGCAGGAGCUGAUUCGUAAACAUGAAGCCUAUGAAAAUGACCUUGUAGCCCUGGAAGGACAGUUGCAAGUACUUCUGGAUGACUCUGCCAGAUUACAACAGGCAUUCCCCGGGGAAACUGCUGACCAGAUUGCUGAGCAACAAGAAGCUGUUGUUGCCAACUGGAAUGAACUCCAGGAUAAAACAUCCCAACGAAAGGACAUGCUGAACUCAUCUCUGGAUUUCCAGAAAUUCCUCGCUACUAGCCGAGAUUUGAUAGCUUGGAUCAGUGAGGUAAAUCGAGACAUGCUGACUGAAGAGCCAGUCCGGGACGUAGCCAGCGUUACUGCUCUCAUAAACCAACAUGAUCAGUUAAAAGCGGAAAUCGAUGCAAGAGAGGACACUUUUGCAGGCGUGGCUCAAGCUGGGGAAAUGCUUGUUGAUCAAGAUCACUAUGCCACCGAUGAGGUGAAGGAGAAGUUGGAUGCAGUGUUACAUGAACGUGAACAGUUACACGCUAACUGGCAGAAGAAGAAAGACGAUCUGGAUCAAAUGUACGACUACCAAGUAUUUAUGAGAGAUGCUAAACAGUUAGACACACUCAGCAGUCAACAAGAGGUGUACUUGGCAAGUAGUGACUUUGGUAAUGCAGUAGAUCAGGUUGAUGCUCUCCAGAAGAAACAUGAAGCUUUUGAGAAGUUAUUAGUCACACAAGAUGAGAAGUUGGCUACUCUUGAAGACUUUGCCCAUAGGUUAAUUGCUGAGAAUCACUCCCAGUCACCGGCUAUCGAGGAAAGACUUGCAGAAGUCAAAGACAGGAGGAGAAAAAUCAAAAAUGACAGCGCCAGAAGAAAGCAGAAGUUGGAAGAUUCUAAACUGUAUGCUCAUUUCAAUGAUGAUGUUGCAGAGAUGAAAGCGUGGAUUGAUGAGAAAUUGAAAAUAGCUGGUGACCAGUCAUACAAGGACGUGACUGACAUUCAGGAAAAGAUGAAGCGACUACAAAGACAUCAGGCUUUGGAAGCGGAAAUCAUCGCCAAUCAAACCAAAAUCAAAGAAAUCAAACAGAAUGGCGAUGUGCUUAUUGCCAAGAAGCAUGAACAUUCCGUUGAUAUCAAGGAACGAGUGCAGGAAUUACUAAAACAUUGGAAUGAGUUAGUUGAAGCAUCAAGCAGUCGCGGACGCUUCCUUGAGGAAGCUAAAGAUAUCUUAGAAUAUAACCGGCAAGUUGAUAUCGUAGAGACAUGGAUGAGAGAAAAGGAAAUGAUGAUUGCUGCCGGUGAACUUGGACGUGAUUACGAACAUUGCAUGGAACUACAAAAGAAGUUAGAUGAUUUUGGAACUAGUAUGACGGUGGACGAGUCAAGAAUUCUGUUGGUGAAUGAACUCGCUGAUAAACUUGUCAAAGAUAAAAGUACUGAGGCUGAUCUUGUAGAACAGAAGAGAGAUGAUAUCAAUGAUAGAUGGCAUAAAAUCCAAAAUGGCCUCCAGGAUUAUAGGGCAAGACUGGCAGGGGCUCAAGAAAUCCACUCAUUCAAUAGAGAUAUUGAUGAAACCAAUGACAGAAUUAACGAAAAGUUCCUGGCAGUAUCUAGUGACGAUUAUGGCAGAGAUCUUCCUGGAGUUGAAGCAUUACAAAGGAAACAUGACGACACUGAGAGAGAUAUGAUUGCUAUUGCGCAUAAAAUGAAGGACUUGGACAAAACUUCUGAGAAGUUGAAAAAAAAGUACCCACAGAAUGCGUUGGCGAUUCAAGCAAAGCAAUACGAACUGCAGGAGAAUUGGCAGAAACUAAACGAACAAGCGCGUGCCCGCAAAAACAAACUUGGCGAUUCGUACAAUUUACAGAAAUUCUACAAAGAAAAUCGAGAUUUGGUUGAGAUAGAUAGCAGAGAUGCAUCUUUCAAAUAUGUCUCAGAGUUUGGUGAGAAUUUGAUAAAUUCAAACCACUAUGCUGUGGACGACGUGAAACAGACACUACACCAUCUAUCAGAAGCUAGACAGAAUCUACAUCAAACAUGGGAUGAACAAAAACAAUUACUAGCGCAAUGUUACGACCUUAUGGUAUUUAAUGAGUAUGUAGAACAAGCUGAGGCCUGGCUCGGCACAAAAGAAGCUUUCCUUAAUAAUGAUGAUGUAGGAGAAUCGUUGGCCGCAGUGGACACUCUUAUAAGGAAACACGACGGUUUUGAAAAAACUCUGGACACCCAAGUCGAGAAGAUUGACGAGUUGCAGACGUUUGCCAGAGAGUUAUCACAGGCUGGUCAUUAUGAUUCAGAUGCCGUCAAUCGAAGAUGUAUGGCUGUAUUGGACAGACGAGAUAAAUUAUUUGAGUUAUCCUCUAUGAGAAGGCGGAGACUGGAGGAGUCUCGCCAGUUACAGCAAUUCCUAAUGAACAUGUACGAAGUGACAGGCUGGAUUUUGGAGAAAUUACAGAUUGCCGCUGAUGAGAAUUAUAAAGAUCCAACCAAUUUACAGGGCAAACUUCAGAAACAUGUGGCGUUUGAAGCUGAAUUGACCGCCAAUAAGGGAAGAUUGGAAAGUGUUGGUGAGGAGGGAGCACAGUUGAUUGCAACUGACCAUUUUGCUACUGAGGAAAUCCAGUUACGACUUAGUGAUUUAGAAUCCUCGUGGGAGCAAUUAGUCGAUAAGUCAACUGACAAGCGUGAAAAGUUGCAAGAUGCAUACCAGGCUUUGAUAUUCAACCGUACUGUCGAUGAUUUAGAUAGGUGGAUAGACGAUGUGGAAAUUCAGAUGGCGUCAACAGACUUGGGGAAAGAUCUCACAAGUGCUAACAACUUACUCAAGAAACACCAGCACCUUGAAACACAAGUAGCUAACCAUCAACCGAAAAUUGAUGAAGUUCAGUCUUUAUCGCGAGCUUACAUCGAUCAUAAUCAUUUCCUUGCUGACGAAAUGGCUGUACGAAGUAAUGCUUUGGCAGAUAGGUAUGCUGGUUUAUGGGAACCACUGCAUGCAAGGAAAAUCAACUUAGAAGAAGCAUUGUUGUUGUAUCAGUUCUAUCGUGAUGUAGAGGACGAGGAGUCAUGGAUAAAAGAGAAACAGCCCUUGGCCACAUCAACUGAAUUGGGCCAGAAUCUUAACACUGUGCAAAGUCUGAUGAAAAAACACCAGGCAUUAGAAGCAGAGAUCACUGCCCAUGAACCACUGGUUGAAACAGUAGCUAAGAAAGGGGAACAGUUAAUGAGUCAGCAACACUAUGCGACUGAAGAUAUCAAAACAACUGUGGCCGAAAUUCACCAGUUAUUAGCAGAAUUGAAAGACUCUGCUGCUGAGAGGAAGAAACUACUCACUGAUGCACUGGAGUCACAAUUGUUCUAUGCAGAAGUCCAGGAAGCCGAUUCAUGGAUGAAGGAAAAGCGCCCUCUAUUGGUCAGCACAGAUUAUGGUAAAGAUGAGGACUCUGUGCAGAAGUUGUUGAAAAAACUGGAAGCCCUGGAUUUAGAUCUGGAGAGUUUUAGAAAUACCGUCCAACAUCUAGAAGUGCUUAGCAGUGGACUCCUAGAAAGAGAACACUUUGAAAGUAAAGAUAUUGAACAAAAGCAGGCUGAAGUGGAAGCUAGUUACGAGGAGUUAAAACAACUAUCGGCUAAGAGGAGGUCAAUGCUGAUGGAGCACAGGAAACUUUACGAAUUCCAUCGUGAAGCUGAGGAAGCUGAAGGUUGGAUGCAUGAAAAAGAAGUCAUCGCAGCCUCGGAAGACUGUGGGAAAGACUUGGAACAUGUUGAAAUACUCCAGAAGAAGUUUGAAGACUUUGCUCAAGAUUUGGACUCAAACGAAGAGAGGAUUGUGGCUGUUAAUGAAAUGGGUAGUUCACUGAUACAGGAUAAUCAUACUAAAUCUGACAACAUACAUGCCAAAUGUGAUGAUGUGAAUAAGAAGUGGGCUCAGCUAAAAGAGCUGACAAACACUAGAAUGGAGGCACUUGCCUGUGCUAAGCUAGUACAUCAAUUUGAUUACGAUGCGGAUGAAACCAGAGCGUGGAUUCUGGAGAAAGAUUCGACAGUGUCGACGGAAGAUUAUGGACAUGAUCUAGUCAGUGUACAGGCAUUGAGACGAAGGCAUGAAGGAACUGAGAGAGACUUAGCUGCAUUGGGGGAGCAGGUAGAGUCGAUAUGUACCAAUGCGGAACAACUCAUCGAUCAGUUUCCUGAAUCAAGUGAGAGACUGAUGGGGAAAAGAGAAGAAGUUGUACAAGCGUGGAAUUUACUAUUAGAAAAAUCUGAUCAAAGAAAGGACAAACUUGAUCAGUCUGAACAGUUGCAGUCAUAUUUUGAUAAUUAUAGAGAAUUAAGUGCGUGGGUAACAGAAAUGAUGGCAUUGAUAACCUCUGAUGAGUUAGCAAAGGACGUCGCAGGUGCCGAAGCAUUAAUUAAAAGACAUGAUGAACACAAGUCAGAGAUAGAUGGUAGGACUGAUAACAUCAACGAGUUCACUCGAACUGGACAGAGUCUCAUUGAUGAUGGGCACUUCUUAGCUGAAGAGAUUAAAACCAAAGUUCAAAAACUCAAUGCUGACUUCCAAGCUUUACUAGACACAUGGGGGCAGCGUAAAGUAUUGUAUGAGCUUAAUCUUGAUACACAGUUGUUUAAACGAGACGCCGAUUCAGCUGAAGCAUGGUUGAUUGCCAGAGAUCCUUUAGUUAGAGAUGAGUCCUUUAUGCGUGACGAUAGCAAUAUUGAAGAGUUAAUAAAAAGUCACGAAGAUUUUGAGAAGACAAUUGAAGCGCAAGGAGACAAGUUUAAAGCUUUGGAAAGGAUGACGAUGCUGGAGGGUGAAUUUGAAAAACAAAAAGAGAGUGAGCAGAAACGAAAACAAGAGGAAAAGGAGCGGAAAGAGCAAGACCGGUUGCAGCUUAUUAGAAAGAGAGAACAAGAAAGGAUCCUUGAAGAAAGGCGAAAGGAACAAGAGAGGAAGAUGAUGAUGGAAGAGGAAGCCAAAAGAAAGAGGGAAGCUGAACAGAAAAAGAUUGCGGCAAAGAUCGAGGAGGAAAGGUUAAAGAAGGAACAGGAGAUGAAAGAAAGAGAACAUAGACAAGUUGAGAUGGAGAGGAAAAUAGAAGAGGAGCAGAAGAAACUGAAACGGCAUGAGGUAAAAACUCAUAAAAAAGAAGACAACACCAGGACCCGUAGCAUCAGCAGCAGUAGUAGUAGUAGUAAUGUUACUGUUGCUGGCCGCGGUAGUGGUGGUGGUGGUGUUAGCGUUGGUGGUAGUGGUGGAGGUAGCAAAAAAGCUCUCAAGCCACAAAAAUACAAGCUGUCUGGCACUCCACCCGUGGAGAGAGAAGGUGUUAUUGACCGAAAACAAGAUCUGGCUGCUAAUGGAAAGCGGUCAACACAUCGGUCCUGGAAAACAUUCUAUACUAUAUUGUGUGGUCAGUUGUUGUGCUUCUUCAAAGAUAAAAAGGAAUUCUCCAUGAGUAAUUCUGCAUCCCCGCCAAUAAACUUGUACCAAUGUACAUGUUCACCUGCUACAGAUUAUACCAAGAGAAAACAUGUAUUCAGGGUUCGACUUGCUGAUGCAUCUGAAUAUCUGUUCACCUGUAAAUCAACAGAAGACAUGAAUGACUGGAUCAGUAAAAUUAAUUUCCACGCCACCCUACCACCAGCACAUCAGUUACUGGAAUAUGAUUCGGCACAUGGGAGUGGUGCUUCAUCGGGCAAAAGCACCCCAAUAUCCUCAAAGCCAGCAUCCCGUUCAAAUUCCAUGUCUUCUUCCCAUUCCUCAUUACCGUCACCAAGAUCUGACUUUGUAGAACCCUCUAAACCGAUUGCUGUCCCUGUUAGGAAAGGUUCGACGGAAAAACCAAAACUUGCACCCAAACCCACCAUGUUCAUACCCAACAGACAGAAUGGUAAUUUAGACAUUUCGUCAUCACCACCAAUUCUUCCCGAGGACUUACCUCCAGCAUUACCUGUAACACCACCACCACCAACAGAAUCAGGCUUUCCCAUGGAUAUACCUCCACCAUUGCCGUCAAAUAGCAUAGGCGUUGAUGUUGAUAUUAAUCUAAGUCACCAGCCAGCAAACAGUAAUCUUAAAUACCAACCGCCAGAAACUGAGAACUACCAACAUAACACCCACAGAACUGGAUCAGCUAGUUCCGCUGGUUCUGGAAAAUUCCAGUACAGCCCUGUUAGCGGGCACAGCAAGGACGACAGGUCUAAUACCUCUGAACUGAGCAGUGGUUCACAUGAUAACGUUUCAUUGACUGGUUCUGAACACAGUGAUAGUAGUGAUCAUGGUGCAACGAAAUACGCCCAAUACUAUGCACACGGUGGACACCAGGUUGAGCUAGAGUACCUACAUGGGGAAAUAGCUACUGAAGAUAGUAUACCAGAGGAACCAGAUAGUGACCCCCCUCCCCUUCCUUCAGAUGCCCCUCCUCCUGUCCCAACUGACCAGCCCAAUGCAGACUUUUUAUUCGAGAAUGGACAAUCCACUCAGCUUCCUGGGUUUGAGACCAAUACCAAUGGUGUUAGUGUCACUGCCCUGCCUCCUCCUACAACUGUAGAAUCUUAUAGGCCGUCGCAACCUAUCGCUGUACCACCGCAGCUGACAACGAACAUAACACCACCACAGCCCCAUCGACAAGCACCCACAAUGAUACCACCACAGCCUCAGCACCAUGCACCUUCACUUAAUCAACCCCCUGUGGAGGUACAGUCACACAAACAUGACAAGAGGAGAGAACGAUCUGGCUCACUGACCAAAGCUGAACCAAUUCCACAAAAGGACGUGAAAGUUAAGAUAUCAAAGUCGGCCACUUUACCGGUACAAAGCAGCAAACCAGAUGAGAAAGAUUCCAAAGAGAAGAAACACAAGAAGAAAAAGGGAGUUUUCGCAUCAGUGUUCCACAAGAAGAAAUGAACAAGAUAAUAUAGCAUUAUGGACUUUUUCAUCAAAAUUUUUUGUUUAUUAUGCAUUUAUAUGCAUUUCAUAAUUAGAUUACUAAUAAUAAACACGAUUACCGAUUUAUUUUAUGAGUCUUUACAGUUCAUAUACUGCUUUAAAGUUUUACAUUAUAAAACACCACAGUUGUCACACCGGUCUAUAUUUAAUGUGGGUCCCAUGAUAUAUAUACAUCACAUGUUAAAACCAUUGUUUAUUCAAAUUUUUAACGUGCACAGCAAGACCACUGUGUCACUUUAACUAUUUGAUAUUAACAUAGUUCAUUUGGGGCAUAUCUAAGUUUAGUUAUUAUUUUUUCAAAUUUCUUUUUAUUACAUGAAAGUUUUGGUCUUGGCCAGUGCUUCCAACCAUAUGGUAAGAAUGCUUAUUUUGAAGCAUAGUCGAAUUAUGUUUUAUAUGUUGUGAUAUGAUUUGCAUGCAUAAAUUGCACGUAAACGUCAGGAUGAAACCCUGAAUGGAAAUCAUGUUUAAUGUAACUUUGGUUCAUCAAGUUAUUUAUAUUGGUGCAUGUGUUCGGUUGUUAGUUAUUUACUCACCUUUUCACUGCGUAACACUUACUUCACGUUAUCAUUGUCUUCCCCAAAUAUUUUUGUUUUCUAUUUUAAAAUACUUGUAUAGUUUUUAUAAUCAAACAUGUUGAUUUUUCAGGCCUAGUCAAUGAAGAGUAAUAAAUUAUAAUUUAGAGGAAAAUAUUUGGAGUUAUCUAAAUCUUUUUGUGCAAAUUAGUUGAUGCAAAAAGUGAAUGAAUCAAUCAUGGCUGACAUGAUGUCAAAGGUUAACUCAAAAUUCAAAAUGGCUGACAGGUCAGGGGUCAGAUUUUCUAAAUUCAACAUGGCCGACAUGGCAUUGAAUUCAAUAUGGCUGACAAUUGUUUAAUUAGGAAUAGCAGUGAAUAACUGAAAUCAAGAUAUCCAACAAACUUUCCUACGUCAGAAAAGUUUGUGGUCUAAAUUUAUUAGAUCACUGUCGACAAAUUGUGAUAUGGAGCUUUUUUUUUUUUUUUAACUCAAAUCCAUAUCUGGUGCUUAUGUGCUUUUAUCAAACCAUAGAAAAUGGUGUAUGAUUAAAUAAACUAGACGUGGGGCUGACGAAUUUGUAAAUGUGAAAACUAGACAGUAUUUUUUUUCAAUUUACACAUUGCAGGUUACGUUCUUUAGUAUUUUGCUGACUAAUGUAAAUGUUCUACGAUAGAGUUCCCAUAGUUAACAAUGCAACUUACACAAAUUGGGUUUAGUAAUUAAAACUACAAUCAUUAUGCAGUGAACAUGUUAGUUAAAAUUAUUCUGGGAUGUAAAUUCUUCAAAGGUGAUUAUUUAGUGAGAAAGAGAACAAAAAAAACAAACAUUUUUCUACCCUUAUUAUAUGUAUAUUUUGGGUAAUAUAUUGUAAUAACCAUUCUCUAUUUAGUUACUCUAGAAAUGUUAACUAUGCGUUUUGUUGUGAUUUAUUUCUGCCCCUCGAUAACCCCUGUGUUUGAAAAUGGUAUGUACUAUUAUGGGGUACUUAUAUAUGCAAGUGGGUUGUUCCAUUCUUUAUAGUACAGGGAUGAACAUUUUUGGUUAUUUUCAGGGAUUUAUAACUUGUUUCAUAAGUGUUGACAAUAUUAUUUUAUGAAACUAUUGUCUUUAACAUUCUUAUUAUAACAUUUAUAUGCAAUACUCUUGAUGAUGGAAUAUAUUAAUAUGUGAAUAAAUGUCUAU